ACUGUCGGAGCUGCCAACACAAUUUGCAGAAAUUCGUAAAUCAUACUUACAGCUUGAUUAGGCGUUCAUUUAUCCUGACGUUGAUAAUAAACUGUUCCCACGACCUCCGUAGUAGCUAGCAAAAUGGUUGUUCCUCAGACGGCCAAUGAAGAUCAAGCUACUGCCUUCAGUACAAUACUUGCGGCGCUUAAAGAAAUUCAGCAGGAUCACCGUCAGCUUGCAGCAGUAGUCGAUGAGAUUAACGGUAGAGUUAAUACCCUCGCCGGCAUAAAGCAAGUAAAAGAUGGCGCCAUCGAAACUGAAGAGGCUAGCAAUAGCUCUUCGCAACCUUCAGGAGUAUCAUGGAUUGACGACUCUGGUCUUGAAGGAAGGAUAAAUCAGGAGUCCAAGUCCACAGCUAGUUCUACUAUUCCGCCAGUUCCUCUGGCAGAUGUACAAGGCUCGACGUCACCACUUUCUAGGAGAUCAUCAACCACAUCCAGAAUUAUCUUGACGACCUAUCCGGGUCAGUCUGGUAUCGACCCAAUCGUCAUGAGCUGGGGAAACAAGGACCCAAUGCUUCGAGGGCCCGUUGUCGUCUCACGUAGCCAAAACACCUUGAGGAGGCGAAAUGCUAUCGGAGCACAUGGAGGCUCUUAUUCAAUCUAUCAUGCUCUUGCAGUGGCAAGUAAGAAUUUGGAUGUCGAUCACAGGCCUGACUUUACCAACACUGAGCCCGCGGCAAACAUCGGUCCGUUUCCACAGUGGUCAGAUCCAAAGAAAAUUGUAUCCAUGGAUCCACUCGGGCACCUUGCACCUUGGUUAUUCAAGGACAUCAUCCGAAGCGAAAAUGUCGAUAUUCGACCCACUAUUGCAAUUACACGAGCGCACAUGAAGCUUCCUGAGCUUGAGCAGAGUGUUAAAUCCGGCCGUCUCGUACCUGACGGGAAGAUAUGUUUGAAUGAGAGCGGGGAAUUGGCAGUGACAAAGUUUGCUGUUGAGCCAGUAUGGUUUCUUCCUGGGGUUGCGGAUAGGUUCGGAAUUGAUGAAGGCUCCCUACGGAGAUCACUAUUCGAAAACACCGGCGGUUCUUUUCCGGAGCUAAUCACAAGGGGCGACAUCAAGCUCUUCCUGCCUCCUAUUGGUGGUUUGACCGUUUACUGUUUCGGUGAUCCUGCAAAAAUGUCCGACCCCAACGUCAAGCUAGCCCUCCGUGUCCAUGAUGAAUGCAAUGGUAGUGAUGUCUUCGGAUCUGACAUUUGUACAUGUCGCCCGUAUCUCAUAUUCGGUGUUGAAGAAGCUGUGAAAGAGGCACAGAAGGGAGGGAGUGGUGUGGUCAUUUACUUUCGCAAGGAAGGUCGAGCCUUGGGAGAGGUGACCAAAUAUCUCGUUUACAAUGCACGGAAAAGAGGAACCGAUAGAGCUAGCGAGUAUUUUAAGCGGACGGAAAAUAUCGCAGGUGUAAAAGACAUGCGUUUCCAAGCCCUUAUGCCAGAUAUACUUCACUGGCUUGGAAUCACUAAGAUUGACCGCAUGCUCAGCAUGUCAAACAUGAAGCAUGAUGCUAUUGUUGAACAAGGCAUACCAAUUUUGGAAAGAGUACCUAUACCGGAUGAGCUUAUUCCCGAAGACAGCAGAGUUGAAAUCGACGCAAAAAUCCAUGCGGGCUAUUUUACGACUGGCAAAGUGUUGAGUAUGACGGAACUUUCUCACGUUCAGGGGCGUGCAUGGGAUGACAUCGAUAACUACCUCUACAGCGGCUGCUUGUUCCUUACAUCCCAAAAGGGCAUCAAGCAAUUCUAUGAAGCAUUUACAGAUGCAUCAUAA